AUGGACUUCGCUAGCUUCGUGCCCGUCUACUUCGCUUCUAAAAACGUUUAUCUGGUGACGGCAUUUCUUUGUUGGCAAACAGAUGAAGUUUUGAAGUUAUGGCGUGAAAGCCAGUCAAUUGGUGUACGACUAAGGGUGGUGUCAGACUGGAAGCAGAUACCAGAACUUCCUGCGUACGAUACGCACCGCGAAGGUAUCGUGCUUGGUGCCGACUGCCCUGAGACUGAGCUGGUCUUUGAAAAGGCUUCAGUGAACCGUGCCUUCAACCUUCGUCACUCCUGGCUAUUUAUAGAAAACUCACCGUUAAAUAAUUCCAAAAUAGAGGCAGUUUUGGCGGACUAUAACAUCCUCCCAGACGCGGAUGCGGUAUGGACAUCGUCGGAUAUAUCAGUGGACAUGUACAGAGUGAAGCAAGGACAGCCUCUCAUAGUCUCUGAACUUGGAGUACAUAAGCACAUGCCUCAAGUAGAACUGGAAGCGUUAUGGAGACGGAUGCCGACAGCGGUAGCGAGGAGGAAGGAUCUGCACAAUGUGUACUUAAAAGCCGCAACAGUAAUCAGUCAGCCGCAGCACUUCAAGGGCUGGUCGGAGCUGAACAAUCGCGCCAUCGACACCUUCCCUAAGCUCACUUACCCACUACUCAUGCUCGCGGCCGAGGACCUACACUUUCGGUACAACUUGAAGCAGGUGGACUUGUACGGCGAGGAGCACAACGGGUCGUUCGACGGGCUGGCGGGGUUGUUGCAGCGCGGGCAGCUGGAGGUGGGCGUCACCUCCAUGUUCAUGCGCGGCGACCGCUGGCGUGUGCUCCACUAUUGCUCCGAGACCGUCGAGCUCAGGGGCGCGUUCCUGUUCCGGCAGCCGGCGCAGUCGGCGGUGUCGAACGUGUUCGUGCUGCCGUUCAGCCGCGGCGUGUGGGCGGCGGCGGCGGCCGUGUUCGCGGCCGCGGGCGCGCUGCUGGCGCUGCUGGCGGCCGCCGCGCGCGCCGCUUGCCUGCAGGACCCGGCCGCCAACCACCUGGCUACGCUCGACUGCAUCACCUUCGUCAUCGGCUCUGUGUGCCAGCAGGGUUCGGACCUCUCGCCGCGUCUGUGGUCUCUGCGACUAGUGAUGUUUUUUACGUUGCUGGCCUCCCUGUUCGCGUUUACGUCUUACUCUGCGAAGGUUGUGGCUAUCCUACAGUCACCAAGCAAUGCGCUGCAGACCAUCGACGACCUCACAAACUCUCCGAUGACCCUCGGUGUACAAGAGACCACGUACAAGAAAGUUUAUUUUGCAGAGAGCUGCGAGGCGGCGACGCGGCGGCUGUAUGUGCGCAAGCUGCUGCCGCGCGGCGAGCGCGCCUACCUCAGCGCGGCCGCAGGCGUCGAGCGCCUGCGCACUGAACUCUUCGCCUUCCAGGUGGAGCAGGGUGCAGGCUAUGAUAUUAUCAGCAAGACCUUUACGGAGCACGAGAAGUGCGGCCUGAAAGAGAUCCAGGCGUUUAAGUUACCCAUGGUGGCCGUACCGAUACGUCGCCACUCGGGCUAUAGAGAUUUGUUGGCUUCCCGGCUGCGGUGGCAGCGCGAGACCGGUUUGACAACGCGUGCGCAGCGCAUGUGGCUGGCGGAGGCUCCGCGCUGUGCUGGAGGCGGCGCGGGCUUCGCCAGCGUGGGGCUGCACGAUUUGUUGCCGGCAUUGCACGCGCUGCUGAUCGGCAUCACGCUCGCCGUGCUUCUGUUGCCGCUUGAAGCGCUGCUGCACGCCACGCGCCGCCACUGA